AUGCGAUGGAAGACUCCUUUCAGUUUUAAAGCAGCUUGGGAGGCCUGUAGAAGUCCAAGCCAAGGUGUUUAUUGGGCAGGUUUGUGUUGGAGUGGAGGUAGGCCGAGAUGGCCUACUCACUAUGUGCUUGUUCUACAGAGAGCUAUACUCACUCAUUGUUAUCUGAAUUAUAAAGUAUUCUCGCUUGUUUCUGGAUGCUAUCUGUGUUACCAUAAUGUUGAAACAUUGGACCUCCUGUUUUGUAGCUGUAAUUAUGCUUGGGAGAUGUGGUAUAGCAUUUCCGGAAUUUUUGGUUGUGAACUACAGAAGGUGAAUGUAGUGCAGGAUUUGGUUGCUAUGUUCAAUCAGAGAUUUAAUGGUAAGAAGAACAAAUUGGCCAGUAUUGUUUUCACAGCUGUGUUAUAUUUUAUUUGGAAAGAAAGGAAUGAAAGGAUGCAUAAUGAUCUAUGUAGAGCUCCUUUGGAAUUAGCUAAGUGUAUUAUUUGGGAGGUUCUUGAUGUCAUGGGGGUUACUCUUCAAGAUGUUUUGUAA